AUGCGUAAAGCUGGGCUGUUCAUCAAGCACGCUACACUUUUCGCCAAGUGGCACGAUACCCUUCUAACUGACUUCUCGGGUAUCAAUCACCCGCAUUACGGGAGACCGGGAGAGGAGUCCGACUACCCUUUUGAUCAACCAGUCACGGGGUCAGAUACGAACAAGAUGCGAGCUGCUGAGACGGUACUAGACAAAUUCUGGAUCGAGACUGAUCAGCGUUACCGCCUCAAGACAGGUACUAUGCCGUACGAGCUGGACGCCGACAUCAUCUCUGAAUGCACUAUCUUUCGCACUCCAACCUAG